ACCAUAAUUUUGGCUUCAAGAUUCCCAUUUACCACUUCCGUUCUACUUAAUCGAUCACUACACAACUCUUUCUCAUUGUCUAUUUUUUACAGUUUCUUGCUUCUUUCGUAAAUAUUACGUUAAACAAAUGUGAAACCAUUAGUGGCCUACAAUUUGACCUAAACUAAUUUCUAUUGUCUACUGUUAGGUAGAGGAGAAAGGAUUUUUUUUGUUGUAGUUUAAUGGUUCAUUGUUAUAUGGUCAACACCGCAUGUGGUGACUAAAUACAAGUUUCACGAGGCAUUUCCUCUUUGGUUUGUGGCUUAUCUCGGGAGUAUGGAGAAUUUUAUUUUUUUAGUUAAUUUUCCGUGAACUAGAUAAAAUUAAUAUCUUUUUUGUUGGUUACUCGAUAUAUUAUUGUUUGUGCACUUUUUUCCACAUCUGGUUCCAAUUCUGGAAUAAAUAAUUUUAGAUGCAUAUCAUUGCCGAUAAUUCAGACCACUAAAACAGUUCCUUUCAACUUUGUGUGCUCAACUACGGGACACUACCAUCGGACCCUUAAUCAAACCAGCUUGGCUGGCCCUGGAAAAACAGCCCAAAAGAGCGCAAAUGAACGGUUGUUUAGGGAGUGCAACAUUUAGUCUCUCGCUAUUCAAACUUUUAAUCUCCCUCGCAGUACUCUCUUUCGCUCUGCGGAGUAAAGCAACAAGCACUGUCUUAUGGAUUUGGUCUGGUUAAGGAAAAAAAAGUUAGUUCCAUAGUAGAAACCACUGCGUGCGGUAGCAUUGUAGCGGUGUGUCAUCGCGCUGUCAUCGCAUGCAAUUGUGCUGCGGGAACUGCCGUGGACGCAUUCCUUCGGUGCAUUGUCGUCCUCCGUUCCUUUUUGCCUGCAUAAAAGCUUCCGGUUUGCGGUAUUGGGUGAUGCACAGUUUCCGCUCCGGUGGAAAAACGUUUUCAGUGCGUAAGUUAAUGAAUGAUCAAGUGCGUUUGUAUAUGGGCAGGGUUGCUGCAAUAGCUAUUGUGUGUGAAAAUGGUUUGUGAAAUGUGACAAGCCUCUGGUGACAAGUGAUUGUGAAACUGCCCUAACUGGAAGCAUUUAAAGAGCAAUAUUCCUCGAAAAGGUUCCAAAAUAUAGUAAGAGCUAAAGUGACGUGUGUACAGAAACAAAACACAAGUACAACUCCCGAUUAUCCUGCACAAAUCGUUCAUUGUGACCGAUUCCGCGUCACAAUCCAUCGUCAGCAUCAACAUCAGCACAGGUUGUGAUGGAUACGUAUGUUAAAAAUCUGCUCAACGGUUGGAACAUGCCGGAACUGAUAAAAGUGUUUCAAGAGGAGGAAAUCGAUGAAGCUGCCUUCAAGUGCCUCAAGUAUGAUAUGAUCAAGGAGAUAAUACCACGCAUUGGUAAGCGAGCCAAGUUCCUGCAGCGGUACGAGGAGUAUAAGGAGAACCUAACGGAACGGCCCGCCUUUGCCGAGUUGCAGCUGGACGACAAGGAACGUUACCCACCAACCUCGCCACAGAAACCGUCGCGCAUAGACUGGGGCCGAAUAGAGAAGGUAUGUGGCCCGGUACCAAUCUACCUGAAGAAUCUACUAAAGAUGUGCGGUUACGAGGCGGAAAGCAGUCUUCGAAAUUUGAACGAUGACGACUUCAUCGAUAUGGAACGGUUCGCAAGGGAAGAACUGAUCCAUCUCGUACCGGCCACGCAGUUCUAUUUUCACAUCUUCUGCAGCGACCCGGCCCGCGAAUUUCGACUCGUACCAGGCCAUCGUAAGCUGCUGCUGCAGAUUAGUGCCUACCUUAACUACACCAAGGUGGCUAGUGAAAUUCAACGUCCAGAACCGGCACUCCGUCUACCUACCGAACUAAUUCAGCGAGAGCGCGAGCGUGAACAUCGCCUAUUGCUCGCUCAGCAGCAGCAGCAACAACAACAGCAGCAACAAAAAGAGCAACAGAAAGAGCAACAGCAGGCUAAAGAACAUCAGCAGCAACAACUUUUGCAGCAGCAACAGCAACUACUGCAAGAGGUUGUUCGUAUGCACCAGCAGCCACUAUCCGACAUGCAAGAGGUGAUGCUGUCCGAGCUAAAAAUGUCGCACAAAAACUCUCCACUCGCGUUCGAGCAGGCGACGGUGUUUCCUCCGCUAAGCGACGAGGAGCGCAUCAAGAAGAUCCAGGGUUGCAUCGUGAAGCUGAUCGACAUGUGGAGCGAAAAGCAACCGAUUAAGUUACAGAUCACGGAGGAAAUGAUCAACGUGACAUACGAGAGCAACGGCUACAACGCAUUCAUUAAGUGUCCAAUGUGUGCGGUGCAGAUAAAGGUGUCGAAGCUGCCGACGAAGAAGGGCGAUCGGUUUGUGAUCUCCAACUUCUCGAAGCACAUCAUCAAGAUGCAUUUUUCCCAAUUGAGUGAGGGCGGUGGCGGAGGUGGUGUAACUGGGAACGGUGGUGGUGUUGGUGGACACACUGGUUCGGUCGGUUCGGAGCGUCACCUGAGCAUGGAUAAUGUGUCGUCGUACUAUGGGGGAGAAAACUCAGAUAGUAAUACCUACCCGUACGAUGACUAUGGAUCGGGCAAACGGCAGAAGCUGGAAGAUGACGAGGACGACAUGGAUCCAAUGCCACCACAUUUGCUACAUCCGUAUGUGAGCAUCAAGGACGAAAUUAUCGAUCUGGAUGCGUAGCCGAAAGGAUCCGCUUAUGUGACGUUUGUAAAACGUGUUAGAUGCAAUCCAUCGUGCCGAAAGCAUGCGAGAUGCACAAACGAUACGAAUAGCUAGAAGAAAACGUGAGCCAAUUUUUUUCCAUUCCUCAAUCAAACCAAAUAGCCUCUCUUAGCUUGUUGACUCUCAUAGAUUUACUACAUCCUUUGGUAGAAUAUAAGGAUAGGCUGUUACAUUUUAACUGUACGAAGGUUUAACUUAAACUCGGUAUCGCCGUUUUCCACUGACAGCGAGAUAACCUGGAAGGUGUUUUAUUUACUAGCAAUUAUUUGAUAAAGGAUGCAGGUGAAGCACUAGCAAGUGGCAUGAGAAAAGACUUAAUUUUGGAACCAUUGUGGCUGAAAUGUGAAUAACCCGUUUUUACGGGCGUAUAAUAGCGAACGUAGUUAGGCUGAUAGCAAUCGGUGUACAUAAGAGUAUAGUUGAAUUAUGCUAGCAAAUGCAGAGAAUAAAUGGAAAAUGUAAAUUGCUGGAUAUUCAGUUAUUUCUUUCAUAAACAAUCACUGUAUGAGACUGGUUGUGUUUCAUUUACUAAGUUAUUAUUUUCAAUAUUUAGUCUAAAUGGCUCACAACGAUAUCACAACGAUCGAAGAACCCU